GGGGUGGAAGGCGUUUUCUUCAAUCCGGUGCCAUCCGCGGCGUGCGGAGGCUCGCAGCCCUGCAAGUCCUCUUGAGGCCCUUCUGUACCGUUGCCCUUGCCUUUCCGUGUGAUUAUUGGCUGACUCUUGAGCUCUUCAAUUGGGAAAGGAAGCGGUCUUUUUCGGAAUGGCAAUGGCGAGACCUUUGCAUGCGGGCGAUGGGGUUCUGUGGAUUCUGCAAGCCUGCAACAGCCCAAAUCUGAUCAUAUUCUAUUCUUCAUGAUCUGAAUUUGCAAGAUUGCACAGUUCUGCAUUCCAGGUGCAAGAGCCCUUGGCGAUGGGUCUGUAUUGCAAGGUGUUUGUUCCUGAACAAGGAGCGAUUCUUUGGGAAACCCUUAAGAGGUGGAAGGACCCUAACCAAAAAUGGCGUUGGAGGACUGAGUGUUUGGCUUCAGAGAGUAGGCCAAAGCAGUUGACUUAAAAGGCUGAGCUUCCAACUGUUUGUGAAGCAUCUGGUCUCCUGAAGGUGGCCACCGUCAGAAUGGAGGACAUAUACAGAGAGUGGGACUGGACUGCUUGUUCUUCUGUCUCCAAAGGAGAAAAGUCGGUUUACGUAGAGAUGUAACUGCCCUUGUUUAUUUAUCUGCUCGGACCUCCAAUUUCCCCCUUGUUCCCCACUGACAUGAUGAUCUCUCUUUUGGAAUCUCGUUCGGCUGAAUGUUGCUGUUGAGAAAUGGAAUCUGAGCAUCAGUUGGGAGCUUACCUAAACUGCAGGUGGUGGUCCUUGAUGUGCCGCAUACUGGCCAAAUAACUGUCCCAGCUUUAAUAGUUUUGUUUCGUUUUUGUGUGUGCUGCUUUGCUCCAGUUUUUAAGCCUGUUGAGAUCUUUACAAAUUGCCUUGGGCGCAAAAACGUGCAUGAAACGGGUAGGCUGGAGUAUGUUCUAAACUUAGGAAUUGUCUAAACAUCCUUGGAGAGUCAGUGGUGGUGCAGUGGUUAGAGUGUUGGAUUGGGACCUGAGAGACCAGGGUUCAAAUCCCUGCUUGGUCAUCAAGCUCCCUGGGUGACCUUUGGCCAGUCACUGUCUUUCAGCCUAACCUACCUCGCAAGGUUGUUGUGAGGAUAAAAUCAGGAGGGAGAGAACCACAUUUGUACGCCACCUUGAGCUCCUUGUAGGAAAGGUGGGAUAUAAACAUAAUAAUAAAUAUAAAGUGCCUGUAUUUAAAUUUUGAAGGGCCUCCUCUGACAAGAUCCCUUUGGAAUAGGGUAGUGCUUGACAAUUUCAUUGUGUUCUGAGUAUUUUUUUUCUGAAUGGUCAAACCUUCUUUCCUGCAGGAUGGUGAACCUAGAUUAGAGAACCUCCCUUCGUGAAGGGGACUAGCAGAUGGCAUCCUGAAGCUCCUGGAAUCCUAAACUAGCCAGCGUUACCUGGAGAUGCCAGGCAUUGGACCGUCUGCCUGCAAAGCAGCUGCAAAGAGCUCAGAUGGGCUAACGGGGGGCUCCUGCUGACCUCCAGAUGCUGCUAACCUGCCAUGCUGCUGCACUGAUUCCUUCCAGCCCACUUCACCGGGAUCAGUACUGCGCCCAGACCACCAAAGCGUUGCUUCUGCCUCCCAGCAGUUUAGGAUCCUGCCGGCAGAAGGAUUAAAUUUCUCCGCACUUCAAGAAGGAUGCAGACAAACGAACAGGUUCAGAGGAGGGCAACAAGGAUGAUCAGGGGACUAGAAACAAAGCCCUGUGAGGAGAGACUGAAAGAACUGGGUAUGUUUAGCCCAGAGAAGAGAAGACUGAGGGGAGAUAUGAUGGUACUUGAAAGGUUGCCACACAGAGAAUGCUUUGAUUUGGAUUCCUGCAUUGAGCAGGGGGUUGGACUUUAAGUUUACCACUACAGAAGAGUUCGGGAGAUCUGAAAAGCUUGUAAAACAGUAUUCUGCAGUAUUUUGGUGGGGCCUAAUAUUUGCCCAGAGAGACAGGAGGAGGUGGAUUAGGCAACCUGGGACCAGACGCUCUACCACUGAGCUGUGGCCCUCUCCAGGCUUUGAGAUGGGACAUUCCCAGCCCUACCUGGCGAUGCCACGGAUUUAACCUGGGACCUGCUGCGUGCAACAGCAGAUGGUGCUCCACAGAGCUGCUGCAGCAUUUCCCUCUUAUGGUGCUUGGCUUCUAAGGCCUCCUCCAUAAUCAGCCCUUCUGAGUAGUUUUUCUGGGCACCGGCCCAACAGCUUAGCAGGACAGAGGAAACUGCAGAGGCUUCGGCGGCAAGUCCAGGCCUCGCCCCUGCGGCCUGGCAUUCCUUGACUAAAAGCAUCCCUUUGCAGUUGUUGUUCUGGGCACCCACCCAGCAGCUCAGCAGGGCAAAGGAAUCCGCACAGGCUCCGGCAGCAAGUCCAGGCGUGUUGUGGCCACUGGAUCCAGCACACCCCCAUUACCCUGCUCCCUUUCACUCCUUCGCUCAGCAGCAGAAACUUUGCCCCUGGCACCCACCCACAGCAGCAUCGAUCCCCAGGGCUUGGGAUGGGUUGCCGAUGGCUAGGCCUGGUGUUUACUCUAGCGGCAGCCGCUGCUCCCAGCUGCAGAGGAGGCGGCAUGCCUGAGUCAGAGGUCCCUGCUGCACCCUGCCCACAGGGAGAAAGUCUACAAGAAGAGGAGCAGCACAUGAUGCCCAGAUUCAGCACAUGCAUGCUGCAAUGUGCUGCCCAAGCCAUGCUCGGAAUGGUUGGUGCCAAGGCCACGGUCUCCUUGAAGCUCAACGAAGGCAGGGAAGGCAAGGAGCAGGAGUUCUGCUGGAUGCUCCACCUCCGCUGUGAGAAGGGAGAGAGACUCACCAAAGCCUUUGUCCUGCUGAACCUAGAACAGCCCCCGGACGGAGGCCAGCCUCCUCCCUACCGGCUUCUCCUCACCACCACCGCCACCACCCCUCCCUCCCCACGGCAGUAUUUGCGGGGCCACCACGGAAACCGUGGCACAAGGCUCUUGAGUAGGCAAGCCUGCGGCAUCCGCUUUGACGUGACAGAGCCCUUCCGCAGUGCCAGGGGAGGCCAGGAGGCCAAGAUGUGCGUCGAGGCGGUCUGUCCAGAGGAAGGGGGCUGCGGGGCCUUGCGGCUGAGCCUGCGCUGCCCGCCCUUCUUGGCCACAUUGUGGCGCAGUCUGCCCCGGCCGGACAGCUAGACAACGGAAAGGGGGAGAGGCUCUCUCUACGACAAGAAGGUGGCGCUUAGCAACUGUUGGGGGUCAAGGGUUGCGGGGAAAAGGGUUCAAAGGGCACAUGGAUUUACACAUACAUACAUGCUCCGGUCCUGUGAUUGGCACGCCGGAGGGAGUCUCAUAACAGUCUUUACUCCAGUGAUAGUUUUUACUUGGUAAUGUCAACAUUAACAUCAAACCAUAGAAGUGUAUCUUAAUAUAUAUACAUAUAUAUGUAGUGUACAGUAAGGCAAAAGAGGAAGGACUAAAAGAGGAAACCAAGAGUUGCCAACGUGGUGCCUGUGGACACACUGGACCCCGGUGAUGUCUUCUCCUGAUGCCUACGAAGCCUCUAAGCCCACAUACUCCUUCUCUUGCUGCCCCCUUGGUCAUGAGGCAGUGAACGCGGUUCCUUCUUUCUCCCUUGAAAAGUACAAAGAGCUGAAGGAGGAAGUUGGAAGAGUGAGGCUCUUUCCCACUUCUGUCAACUCUAUGUGCUGUUCAAAACUCAGAUGAAUACUACUGGAUCUGACUUUCCCCCAGAUACCUUGGAAAAGCAAAGUAUGUCCCUGUGCGCUCUCUUAUGUUUCUGUUGGGGGGUAAGUGACGGGGGGGUGCCUGUGGCAUUCACCCCAAAAUCCAAAAAAUGUGUUCAUGGGCUUAAAAUGGUUGCUGACCAUUGGUGUGAACCAAGAAGGGGGGACAACACGUCCAUAGUAUGUGUAUCCCUAGAGGUUGUAAAUCCGUGCAGGCUGCCACUACUCCCAGGCUGCAGCUACCAUUGUGGAGCAUUGGGGGGACAAACUGGUCUAGCAAUGGCCCGAAGCAGAGCUCCUGGCCCACAUGGCAUGCCUUAACUUGCUGACACUCUUACCUAAAUUAUACCCAUAAUUAGACCAUGCUAAUAGGGCGAGGCUGGCAUGAGGCAGAAGUGUGGGAGGGGGGCUCACUGAGGCUUGUCCAGGGCCCCCCAAAACCUAGAGGCAGGCUUAGCUACAUAUUUACAUAAUAAACUAUCAGAGACCACAUCACACCAUACACUGAAAGCACAUGGCUUCCCCCAGAGGAUUCUGGGGCUGUAGUUUACCCCUCAUGCAGACCCCAGCACCCUUAACAAAUGACAGUUCCCAGGAUUCUUUGGGGCAAGUAAUGAGCUUUAAAUGUAUGGUGUAGAUGUGACCUAUAUUCACCAACUAUUUACCAGGGAAAGUCACAGUUUGGGGGUAGCUGUCCUGGUGAAUCAUUGUUUCAAGUUUCUGCCUCUGGGCAAAAAUUUGGAGGAUGGCUUCUUAACAUUUUCCAGCUGUACACAACAGACCUGCUGGCCUGGUAAUAAUGUUGCUUAACGUCAGUUCACUCCAUAAUGAGACCUCCAUCACUGAUAAUUGAAUUGUGGAUGAGGUGGUUAACCUGGAGUGUCUCACCAAAGAUCUGGGUGAGUGAUAAGUGUCUACCUUACCCCGCUUGGGAUCCAUGUAUUUGAAAGACUGUCUCUGCCAACCUGUAGUUCCAUCAGCAGCUGUAGUUUAGGGGAAGGGCCACGUAGCUCAGUGGCAAAGCAUCUGCUUUGCAUGCAGAAGGUCCCAGAUUCAAGCCCUGGCAUCUCUAGGUAGGGCUGGGAAUGUCCCCUGCCUGAAAUCCUGGAGAGCUGCUGCCAGUCAGUGUAGAUGAUAUUGAGCUAGAUGGACCAAUGAUCUAACUCAGUAUAAGGCAGCAUCCUGUGUUCCUGUGGUGUGACAGCGUGAAGCAGGUCUUCUCAUGUGGCACCCCGGAAGUGGAGUUCCUUCCCUCUAGAUGGCUGUCCCACAUCUUAAUGUUUUUAGAUGUCAGAUUAAGAAGUAUCUUUUUCUUCAGGCCUGUGGAAGGGGCUGAUGUGAAGAGCAGUAUUUUUUGCUGUUGGAUUUGUUUAAUAACGUUCUUGGUUUGUGAUUUUUAUAUUGUAUUGAUGUAUUUUAAUGGAUUGUAGUUUACCAUCCUGGGAACUUUUGAACUGAAAGGCGGGUUAUAAAUCUAAUAAAUAAUGAUAAAAACAAUUCAUGUUCGAGCUUUCUCCCCUUUGAUGUUAGAUCCCUGAGUGAGAGUCAGAUGUGUCUUGGCUGUAGACAAGGGGGCAUAAAAUGCAUGUGCAGAAACAUUAAGGCUCAGUUAAUAGACAUGUAAGUUUUCCCUUCCCCUCCUUUUUCAUGCCUGCCAGCAGUUCAAAUGCUUCCACUUUCAAUUUGAAACUAACCACAGUUCCUCAUGAUGUCAGAACUCAGGGAAGUGUGGUUUAUUAAAACUAUGGUUACUGAAAACAAGCCAAGAACUGGGCACCCUAGAAUUCACUUAUGGUUGCUGUAUGUAGCCUUCCUGAUCGCCACAUUUCUUUAUUGGCAAAAGUUUCAUCUUUUGAUUUUGUGUAAAUAAAGUAAAAACCAUUUUUCUGUCUAGCCAAGUGUC